UAACUGGAGUCAAAUCGAGAAUCGCUUCUCAAUUUGAGAAGCGGCAUGGCCUAAGAGAAACCCGCCCGUCUACUCCCUCGGGAGAGAAGCCCCGCUCCCUGACUACCUCGGGAGAGAAAGCCGGCCCUCCUCUUCCUCAAGAGAGAAGCUCGGCUCGCUGACUCCCUCGGGAGAGAAGUUCGAUCCCCCCGACUCCCUCGGGAGAGAAACUCGGCUACCUGACUCCCUCAGAAGAGAAGCCCGGUCCCCGACUCCCUUAGGAAAGAAUCCCGGCCUGCUGACUCCCUUAGGAGAGAAGCCCGGCUUCCUUUGGUGCUCAGUGGUCCCAGGAGCCAGAUGAUGCCCAGCGCCCUGGCCCCACUGCUCCAGGCUCAUCUCCGACCUCCCCUCUGCAAGCUAGAGGAGGAGGAGGAGGAAGAGGAAGAUGUCCCCCGGGGGCCCGCACCCCGAGGAGACCCCGGCGACGUCGAAAGCUUCCGCCAGGGCUUCAGGAAACUCCGCUACCAGGAGGCGGGAGGGCCCCGGGAGGCCCUGGGCCGGCUCCGGGAGCUGUGCCGUCGGUGGCUGCGUCCGGACCGGCGCACGAAGGAGCAGAUCCUGGAGCUGUUGGUCCUGGAGCAGUUCCUCGCCGUCCUGCCCGCCGACAUCCAGGCCCGGGUGCGGGAGCGGAGGCCGGAGAGCGGAGAGGAGGCCGUGGCCCUGGUGGAGGGGCUGCAGCGGGGGCCCGACAGACUAAUCCGAUGGGUCACGGUCCAGGUGCACGGGCAGGACGUCCUGGAGAAGACGGAGUCCCCAGGCGGCCCCGAGGGAGGCUCCCAGGAGGACGGGGCUUGGAGCCCGCAACCAGAAUCCCAGGAGCUGCGGAGCUGGAGGAUCAAGGAGGAGCCUGAGUCCCCUCAGGAGAGCGAAGUGCCCACCCCUCAGCCGCCCAGCAAUCCGACAGAAAGGAGCACCAGAGGCCUGUCAGCGGUGACCAUGGCAUCUGGACCCCUCCCAGCCCGGUCCCAGGCCCGCAACACGUCGGUUCGGACUCUGCGACGUCAGACCCGAAAGAAACGAAGAGCAAUCACCAUGGAAACCAAAAUGGAGAUAAUCAAGUGGGCGGAAACGGGCGAGACGCCCACCCAGAUCGGGCGAGCCCUGGACAUCCCGCGGACGACCAUCAUCACCAUCCUGAAAGACAAAGCGCGCAUCCGGGAGUACGUCCGGGGCUCGGCCCCCAUGCAGUCCACCGUGAUCACCAAGCGGCGCGUGGGGCUCAUCGCCCAGGUGGAGAAGCUGCUUGUGGGCUGGCUGGAGGACCAGCGCCGGGGCCGGACCCCCGUGAGCCUGGGGGCCGUCCGCGACAAGGCGCGCGGCCUCUACCACCAGCUCAAGGCCCAACAGGGGGACGGCUCCGUCGCCGAGCCCUUCAACGCCAGCCGCGGAUGGUUCGUGCGCUUUAAGGCCCGGGCCAACCUACGCAACGUCCAAGGGUUGGGCUGAGCGUGUGGAAGCGAACUGGGGGGAAGAAACUGUUGUGCCGAGAAUCAGCGAGUGAGACCCAGGUAGAAAUUUAGAAGUGGAUUUUAUUAGCGCGCGGCUGC